UCGACGCCUCUUCCGCUGUGACGGUGUCCGUGCGGGAGAACAACAAACAAAACAACUCGUUGACAUCUUUGAACGGUUUGUUUCCUCCUGCAAAGAUUUGGCGUGGAUUUAAACACGACACGGAAGUUCAACUGGUGCAGAUCAUCAGUCCAUGGAGGCGGAGGGAGAUGAAUCCCCGGCGGCGGUGCGCCCGGGGCCGGUCGAAGUCGUCAACUCUAUUCGAGAGCGCACGAUCGCCGAGAACAGCAUGGUGGUCCUGCUGCAGGGUCUGCAGGGGGAGGUGACCACGGUGGACAUGAGGAACGAGAGCACGGCGCGCGGCCGCGUGGUCAACGUGGACGCCUUCAUGAACGUACGCCUGGAGGAGGUGCUGUACCGGGACCGACGAGGUCGGCUCACCGAGCUGCAGGACCUGUUCAUCACUGGUAGAAAUGUCCGCUACGUUCACAUCCCAGACCACAUUGACAUAAUGAAAACCAUACAGAGUCAGCUGGCCAAGAUUCACAGAGUCCGCAACUUUGCCAGUCAAGGGGGAGGCAGAAAAGAGUUUGCCAAGAAAACAAAAUAGCUUAUUUUCUUUUUCAUACAAGGACACAAUUUCUGCUGGGUCCUGCUUGUCCAAAACUUCUUUUGUUGCGAAAAAGGUGUUCCAUUCACCUCUUCAGGCCUUUUGAAUCCUUAAAAUUGUCACAACAUAUGUUCGCGUUAAGGUCACGCUGCUAAUCCAGGGCCCUGGUCACGUUACUCUAUUAAUUAUCUUAUUAGGAAUUAUUGUUGGGCUGUACACAGACCUGACCAAUGACCUCAAACAUACAGUUUGAGCUAAGAGGUGUGUUUUUGUGUUUUGGUAGUUAUGUUUUAAAAGAGGGGCAUUGAGCAGCCACCGUCAUUUUCCCCCUUGAACAAACUAUCAACAAUUUUUUUUAUUUCCUCUUUAUAAAUAAAGAUUCUCAACAAUCAA